AUGGAUAUGUUGAAGAAGCGAAAGCUCGAUGAGAAUGGAAUCUCGAUGCUAAACGAAGGUGUCAUCGGCCCCGUUUCGUCUCGAUUGAUGCCACAUGACGCUAGGAAGAUUAUCGAGCGGUUCUCUACUGAUCAGCUUCUCGAUAUCUUACAAGAAGCUGUUGUACGGCAUCCAGAUAUCCUCGAGAUCGUUAGAUCGACCGCAGAUUCCGAUAUCUCUCAGAGGAAGCUAUUCAUCCGUGGACUCGCGGCGGAGACGACGACGGAAGGUCUUCGUUCUCUUUUCUCCAAUUACGGAGAUCUCGAAGAAGCUAUCGUGAUUCUCGAUAAGGUUACUGCUAAAUCCAAAGGUUAUGGUUUCGUGACUUUUAAACAUGUUGAUGGAGCUCUGCUUGCUUUGAAAGAGCCGUCUAAGAAGAUUGAUGGGCGCGUUACGGUUACGCAGCUCGCGGCGGCUGGGAAUCAAGGUUAUUGA